AUGGCCAUCAAUCAACAUAUAUUAACCGGAUGCCGGUGGAAUGCCAACCGCCCCCAGUGGGUGGGUCUCGCCUACGUCAAUAGCGCCGUGUACCACACGUGCCGCAGACGCGGAGAAUGCCAGCUUGCCGCCCGCGACAACCCACAAUGCACCCUGCUCGCACCGUCCACGGCACACUUUCGACCGUCGCCUCCGGAAUCUUAUGCGAAGAGGGACUCGUAUUCCCCUAUCGUAAACAUGGGGCUGUGUUCCGCUCUAGAAUAUUCAAGUCGCGGUAGACGCGCCAAGAAAGAAACCAUCGGCUUCACGGCGAAACGUGAGGUGGGCGCACCGAAAAUCGGCCAGAGCACAAUCGGCCCUAACGAAAUGUCGCUUAUAAUGAAAAGCGGGGCGGAUUCCCGU